AUGAGAACAGAAGACAACAUGCAGAAGAGCACAGCCCAGAUAAUCGUAGCAGUCUGCCUGAUCUGUCAAUCCUUGGCAGUGGAUGUUAAGGAUCGGGAUAAGGCUAAAAUGCCACUGAAUAUUGACAGUGUGCAACGACAUAAUAUUAAACUGCUAACUGAGCAACUGAAUCGGGGUUGGCGAGCCUUUUGUGAUGCCCCCGUGGAUGAGGGUGUGAUGUCCCUGUUCCAGGGCAUAAAUCCCAGCGAUGCUCGACUCCAUGUGAUGACCAUUACCAAUCAAAGCGUGGAGUUGCCCAUCAAGUCCAUAUCACAAAUCAAGGAUUUCGACAUUAAUCCGGAGCGUAAGACCCUCAUCUAUGUGAAUGCCUUCCAUACGGCCGAUAGUUAUUUUAGUGUCCAGGAGCACUUGACUCUGCUGCAAAAUAGCAGGAGGGAUCUCAAUGUCAUCGUGGUGGAUUUUGCCAAGGAUGUGGCUCAAUUGUACUAUGCAGUGCGCCAUCAUCUCUCCGUGAAUGGAUAUUUUAUUUAUAAACUUGUGAGGGCUCUGAAAGAUGCGGGUGUUUCUGUGCAGGACAUAACUUUGGCUGGACAUUCGGUGGGUGCGAAUAUAGCCGCUUUGGGUGCCCAACUCUUUGCCAGAGAAAACAAACAGUUGGUGGGUCAACUAAUAGCCAUCGAUCCUGCCACAAUGUGUCGCACCUCCGAUAUAUUGGUGAAACAAAGUGUAGCCUCGAGGGUGGUGGUACUGCAUGGUGAGGGUGAUGUUUUUGGGGUGAGGGUUCCGCUGGGUCACAUCGAUAUCUAUCCUAAUGGUAUUGGCUACUUCCCAAGGAGGAAACUUCAGCCAGGCUGCGACUCCAAGAUCUGCAGCCACAUGUAUCCCUUUGUUCUAUUCAUGGAGGCUCUCAUCGAGGGUGUGAUGAUCCCGGCUACCAAGUGCGAGAGUUGGGCCAAAUUCCGGCAAGGAGACUGUAAUUUCCAAAACACCAUCAACAUUGGUCUUAUUUACCCAGCUAGUGCGAAGGGUCUGUACUUCUGUUUGACCCAGCCCAAUCCUCCAUUUACCUACAUGGAACACGGACUCAGAUACAAAGCGAGACGUCCUGAAAAAGCCACUGUCAAAAAAUCAUUUUAA